GCGCCAGAGCCGAGUGGCCCCGCGGAGCCCGCGCGCUCCCGCCUGCUGGGGGAGGGCGGACAGGGCGCGGGGGACCAGACAGGCCGCGGCGGGAGCUGUUUCUCUUUCGCUUUCCCGGGCUCGGAGGCGGGCGUGCCGGCGGGCUGAGAAGCGGCGGCGGGCACUAGAUAUGAAAAAGGACCACCAAAAGGAGUGAUGAUCAGUGAUCUGUGCUCAGACUGGGUGUGCAUGCUCAUGACGCGGGACCCCUGCCAAGAACGCUGCGCCAGCUUCUGGGACCAGCUGCUUCUCCCUAGUGCCCCUCUUUGCCUGACCUGCUAAAGCCAGCUGACCACGAAUGGCUACCCAAAGGAAACACUUGGUGAAAGAUUUCAACCCGUACAUCACCUGCUAUAUCUGUAAAGGAUAUCUGAUCAAGCCAACCACAGUGACAGAAUGCCUCCAUACAUUCUGUAAGACCUGUAUUGUCCAGCACUUUGAAGACAGCAAUGAUUGUCCAAGGUGUGGCAACCAAGUUCAUGAAACAAAUCCAUUAGAAAUGUUAAGGCUGGAUAACACAUUGGAGGAAAUUAUAUUUAAGUUGGUACCUGGACUACGAGAAAAAGAACUUCAGCGUGAAUUGGAAUUUUGGAAGAAAAAUAAACCUCAAGAAAACGGACAAGAUGAUAUUUCAAAGGUUGACAAAUCUAAGGCAGAUGAAGAAGGUGACGAAAACCAAGAUGAUAAGGACUAUCAUAGAAGUGACCCACAAAUUGCUAUCUGUCUGGACUGUUUACGAAAUAACGGGCAGUCAGGGGACAAUGUAGUAAAGGGUCUCAUGAAGAAAUUCAUUCGAUGUUCUACACGAGUUACUGUAGGAACUAUUAAAAAGUUUCUGAGUUUAAAACUAAAACUUCCAAGUUCUUAUGAGCUGGACGUGCUGUGCAAUGGUGAAAUUAUGGGAAAGGAUCAUACUAUGGAAUUCAUCUAUAUGACAAGAUGGCGACUAAGAGGAGAAAAUUCAUACCCUAUGGUGUUGCAGUACCGACCACGAAUUGAUUUUGGGUAGGCCAAGGGCCCAGACUGCACUGAAUGAUCCUGCACUAUUUGUUUACUCGUCGACAGAUUGCACAGUGAGCGCUGUGUGGACUUGGGAGACACAGUCUGACUUUCAGCAUGCACAUAAGGCCAUUGUCUGUCUCCAAAUUGUCAGUUUCCUUCAUGUUGUUUCUAUUAGGAGCAAUUCAAGUGCCCUUCUGCUACUGACCAUCUGUCGUCUCAGAGUGCAAGCCACGGCUGAAAUCAAUUAGGUGUGCAGCCAGGACUCUGCUUUCUCAAUAUUUUGCUUGCCUGUUGCAAGGUUGUUCUGAUGUUAAUUACACUAGUAAAAUGGCUCAAUCCUUGUGGUGUUGCAGUUUUCACAUACUUAAUACUUUUAUUCUUGUUAAAAUAGAGUACUGUACAAGAACCUAGUAUAAUUAUAUCUUGAAAUUAUUUUGUAUAAGAAUAUAUUUAGAAAGGUGGUUUCUGAGCCACUGUCCUAUUCUUGGUAAACUUUUAUGUAAAAAAGAAUAAACCAAAAAAAAAAAAAAGCCAAAAUGCCAGCUUAUUCUUGAGUGUGCAAGUCUUUUGUGAAGAAUUCCAGUUAUUUUUUGACAAGAGCACAUUGCAAUUGGAGAUACCCUAAAUAUCUGGGUAGUCUCCCAUUGCACAGAAAGGCGUGUAGCCCUUCAUGUUGAAACAUGUGACUUGGACAACUGAAGUUCAUAAUGUUGGCAGCUGAUCAUAUUGACUUAAUAAAAUUAAUGUGUGAGUA